AUUGGUAGAUGACCAUUAGUACAACCGGACAGCUCAUCAGAGGUGAAGAGACAAGAGCCUUUUCAGCACAGAGAGCCGCUUCUCUUCGCCAAGUCUUUCCCAAAUGUCAAUAUGCUUCAAGUUAUACCAAAGCUGGGAGAUUUCCUCUUUCUUUCCAACCUGUCUAGGUGGCCUGGGUGGGUUUCUGCCGGCAGCAGCUCCCUACCUUUGGUUUCUGUGCUUCUAUCCACGAGGGGGGAUUAAUUAGCCUGGCUGAAGCUGGAGGAGGCUGUCGUGACGAGCCCAGUGGCGAUUGGCCGCCCGCCUGCCUGGCCCUGCCUUUAUAAUUUCCACACGAGUGCAUCUGGGCUCUUACACAAACCAACAGCAGCUUCUUCUGACAGACACACACUCACCCCGACGCACACUCGGCACACUUUUUCUGCGUCUAAUUAACAGUCUUGCACACACCAUGAUUACAGGAAAACGUAAAUAAAUCCGGAAAGGGGUGAUUAUUUUGACUACUGGAAGAGCUUUGCUAGGUCUCAGCACAACUUUUGUUUUUAUUACCGAGAAGGUGCUCUUUCCACGCGUCUCUCUCAGAUACGGAUUCUUUAGCUGAGGAAGAGAGGGGGGGAGAGCUCAGCCUUUCACUUUAAGAUCGGCUAGGCUCCAGCGGAGAAAAGGCCGGCAGGGCAGGGCGGCCCCUGCUGCAGCUAGUACGAGAGAGGCUCGGUGCCUUUUCCGUGUGGCCCCCUUUCUCCACCGAAGUUGGCUCCAGCGCUAGCAGCCGCAUUGGAUCCCACAGCUUAUUGCGAGACUCCGGUGUACAAUCCGGAUCUCUGCCCCAACAUGAUCGCGGCCCAGGCCAAGCUGGUCUACCACCUGAAUAAGUACUACAACGAGAAAUGCCAGGCCAGGAAAGCUGCCAUCGCCAAAACCAUCCGGGAAGUCUGCAAAGUGGUCUCCGAUGUUCUGAAAGAGGUGGAGGUGCAGGAACCGCGCUUCAUCAGCUCUCUCAACGAGAUGGACAACCGCUACGAAGGCCUGGAGGUCAUCUCUCCCACCGAGUUCGAAGUGGUACUCUAUCUGAACCAGAUGGGGGUGUUUAACUUCGUGGAUGACGGCUCCCUGCCUGGCUGCGCGGUGCUGAAGCUGAGCGAUGGGCGCAAGAGGAGCAUGUCCCUCUGGGUGGAAUUCAUCACAGCCUCUGGCUACCUCUCAGCACGCAAAAUCCGUUCCAGGUUUCAGACGCUGGUGGCUCAGGCGGUGGACAAGUGUAGCUACAGGGAUGUAGUAAAGAUGGUGGCUGACACGAGCGAAGUGAAACUGAGAAUCCGUGAUAGGUAUGUAGUGCAGAUCACCCCGGCCUUUAAAUGCACCGGGAUCUGGCCUCGGAGUGCUGCCCACUGGCCGCUUCCCCACAUCCCUUGGCCAGGACCCAAUCGGGUGGCAGAGGUCAAGGCCGAAGGGUUCAAUUUGUUGUCCAAGGAGUGCCACUCCCUGGCCGGCAAGCAGAGCUCAGCCGAGAGCGACGCCUGGGUGCUGCAAUUUGCAGAGGCCGAGAACAGACUACAAAUGGGGGGCUGCAGGAAGAAAUGCCUCUCUAUCCUGAAAACCCUGCGUGACCGCCACCUGGAGUUGCCAGGCCAGCCCCUCAACAACUACCACAUGAAGACUCUGGUGUCCUAUGAGUGCGAGAAGCAUCCCCGGGAGUCGGACUGGGACGAAUCUUGCCUGGGCGACCGGCUGAAUGGAAUCCUGCUGCAGCUCAUCUCCUGCCUGCAAUGCCGGCGGUGUCCCCACUACUUCUUACCGAACUUAGAUCUGUUUCAAGGCAAACCCCACUCCGCCUUGGAAAACGCUGCUAAACAAACGUGGCGACUGGCAAGAGAAAUCCUGACCAACCCGAAAAGUUUGGAAAAACUUUAGAGGAUGAUCUAACGCAGUGCCAACAAGAUCACUUUUCUCAAAGUCCCGACAAAAUGAAAACUUUCUGGUUGAUUCCUUAGUACUAUUCUCCGUGACAGUGCAAACAAUCUCUUCCUUUAUAAAAGGAGUAACUACAUUCAACCAUCAUCUCACACGCCCCUGAAAUAGGAGGAAAAUAAGUAGGGAAAUACAGGGGAAAACCUACACCCCAAAGCAUCUUUAUGCAGGCAUCACCCACUUCCCCUGAAAAGUGCACAACACCCAAAAACAGCAGAGCUGCAAUGCAAGACCAUGGCCAACUUCGGCAAAGGAUUAUAGUAAUCCUGAGACUUAGGUGCAUCUAUCCGCCUUCCAGCAAACAGGACCUGGAUGUGCCACCUGAAGGAAAGUGUAAUGUAUAUUUUGAUUUGUAACAAAAGUUGUGAUCUCGUUGUCUUUGAAAGUGUGGAUGUCGGUGUUUUGUGAUUUGGUGAACAAAACUGAAAUUGCCAUUCUGGAAACUUGCAGACAUUUUCCACAAACAGAAAUGCAUUUAAAGGUAGAUUUACUUCUGGUACUUUACCUGUCUGUGAAGUGUCUGAACUUAAAAAAAAAAAAAAAUACACGUUUACAUUUUGUUUCAAAUAUAUUGCUUGUUCAAACAUUCCGUAAGUAUACUUGAAAUGUUAUUUAAAUAUAUUCAAAAAAUUUGAAUUCAGCUUAUAUAAUAACGCUUGAAUAUCUGAAUUAUAUAUAUUUGAAAAUGCACUUGAAAUACACUGGAUAAUUACUUUUGUGAUUUAGAUUUUAAUUUUUGUUGCUGAUUUUUAUUUAAUUAGAAGAUAAUAAAUGAAGUCAAAUACCAAAUUUCUGUGUCUCACUUUAAAUUGUUUUUCUGCCAAAAAUAACAUGAGAAUUUUAAACAUUUUGACAAACAGGCCAAUAAAAUGACUAAGAUACUAAAAGGGCUCGUUUUUUAAACAGCUAUAGAAAAAUAUCCAUUUCCUCAGUUUCUAACUUACUCUAUGGUUCUUUUCUACAACUGACAUAUUUAUAGCCUAUUUUGAGACCUUGCUUCUGGUUAGUAUUUCUGUAGCCUUUUGACAAUAGAACGGAGGAAAAGCCUAUUGUGUCAAUUGAAAUUACUGAGUUUAAAAGCAGCAAAUUCUGAGAAAAUUAAGUUAAAUCAUAUAUAUGUAUAUGAAAUUAAAGCAAUUAAAUGAAGAUAUCUUCUAACUAAUAUACUUUAUCAAACAUAUUUUAACACAAUAAGGGAUAUUAGAAUAAAUUAUCCAGAAAAUCACAAUUCAUCCUUACUAUACAGGGAAAGCUAAUGGCAAAACAUCAAGACAAGCUCGUGUUUAAACAGUACAGUCACUCACUGCACAGCGUU